UGUUAGAAAGGAUUUGCAUGAUUAAUAUUUAAGUCUGUUUCAUCUCUGUGAAUUGUGUUGGAUUCUAGACGAGCCCCCAAGGUUUAUCGUCUGGAGUUUAUUCUCGGGUUAUUCUCAGGUGUCGGAAAAGCCUCAUUAUUGUGACGUUUUACGAGAUCCACCGUAAAUGGGACACUUUCGAUUUUUCCAUCAAAGACAAAAACACACACAAACACACGUAUAAACAAUACAGAGAAAACACUAUAAAAGCAAAGUGUUAUUUCAGUCUGAUGCAACUCACAUCAAACGUCAUGUUGGCUUUUCAACGCUGAGGUGCUCGGCUCCGGACCAGUGACAGGCAGUCUUACAACUACUAGACAAGUCCCACUCACACACUCACAGCCUCUUUCACUCGACACUACACACCCACUCUGUGCUCCACAAGCUCCAACUAGGUUCUAUUCUGGUGAUCAUAAUUAUUUGAUGACAGAGCUUCUGGUUUCUCAACAAUCCUUUUGUACAUACGAUCUAGCCGUGAAUAAUUCAGCACGGGGAGCUGGAAAGGUGGGUCCCUGGAAACAGCAGGUACAGUCAAACCCAGGAGGCAGGACACACGAGGAGAAAAGCUGCAUCGUCCGCCCACGCCUCACAAACAGCUCUCAGUCGGGAGAACUAUUUCAAUCCGUCCAUCUUUACGUCGUUUCAUCACGUCAGGCACCACGGCGUCCACCUGACGUCAGUUCGACCAAUGUAAAGGAGCUUCUUGGAUGGACUGACGCUCUCUGGACCUGUCCAACUCCUCACUCGGCCACCAUGGAGGAACUCCAGAGAAAACUGAACCAGCGCUAUGAAGGCACCAAGCCCAGAAAGGUGAGAUUCAAGCUGGCGUCGUCCUACAGUGGUCGCGUGCUGAAGCAUGUGUACGAGGACGGCCAGGAGCUGGACAGUCCGGAGGAGAAAUACCCGCACAGCUUCGUCCACAGGAAGAUCCCCCCCAGCCACCUGGAGAUGGAGCAGCUCUGUGGGUUUCAGGAUGCUCAGGGGGACCAGCAGGGGGACUGUCCUCCAACCGGACUCAUUGCCCAGAGAAUAAACGUGUACAGAGGAGUGGGAGGCUACAAGCCGACUGUCGGCCUGACGGAGGAAGCGGGGGGAGAUGCAAAAUCCCAAGUGUUGGACUUUGGCAAGAUCAUCAUCUACACCAGCAAUCUGCGCAUCAUCAGAGCUCCACCGAGGACCCCUGAAGCACUGCGGCAGCAGAUAGAGCCCCGUGGGGACAUGGAGGGACACCCUAAGGCCAGGGAGAGGGCGAGCAGGAGGAGGGCCAAAGCUCCUCGUGCGCAAGACGGGGAGGAGACGAAGGAGAGACAGAUCACCAACACGGAGACCAAGGAGGCUGACAGCUGCCAGCAUUGUGGCGGCUCGGGCUGCGCUCCCUGCUCCCUGUGUCACGGCAGCAAGCUGUCUAUGCUGGCAAACCGCUUCAAUGAGUCCAUCAGUGAUCUGCGGUGCCAAGCCUGCUACCCCCAUGGUCUGGAGAGGUGCCAGUCCUGCUCCGGCAAAUAGCACCGUUUGGCUGACACCCACAUGUGUGAGCGAGUGAGUGACUGAGUGAGUGAGUGAUCGGUUCCUCAGAAUCGUCUCAGUCUAAUCCAAAAUGUUCUUGGUGGGGUGUUUUUCGAUGCACUACUAGGAAACAAAAGCCAUCACUGGGAAAAAAAGGGGGAAUUGUGCAUUGGGCACAAAUCAUAAAUUACAAUUACUGUGUGCAGUGAAAAAACGGCUUGCGACAACACAAACACAUAAUCACUCUUUUGUUGUCACAUCAUUUUGCAUCUGCAGCCUCAUUCCUGAUAAAACCUGGCUCCACAACAGAGUUAUCAUUCUAAUUAAAACGAUGCAAACAUUUCACGU